UAAAGUAGCGAGGAGGCCAGAGUCCAUAGCACUGAGCCUGACAUAUUUUCCUCUUUUUUGUUUGGACAUUUUUGGGCUUUUAUUCAUGGAUUCACGAUCUCCACCAAAACCGUGGGAGAGACGAAUCCCCGGGGCGAUGGCUGCACCCGUAAACUACAGAUCUAUAGACUUUGCUCCCACUCUUCCCUCCUCCUCUGUCUCUGGACCUCCUGUUAUCACGCGCAUGGCUCCUCCUGUGCCUCCUCGCUCGGUUCAGCAAACCUACCGCCCUUCGUACUCCUCCUUCACCUCCUCCUACGGUGCCCCCUAUGGAUCGAGCUCCUUCUACACGCCCGGCUACUCUCCCUACGGCUACAGCUCAGGCUACAGCUCGGGCUAUGGCAUCGGCGGAUAUGGACACGGCCGAAUUCUGCCCCAUUCUGAUGAAAUUGCCCCGAGUCGAUUUGUCCAACAGGCAGAAGAAAGUAGCAGAGGCGCUUUCCAAUCAAUUGAGAGUAUCGUCCAUGCUUUUGCGUCUGUUAGCAUGAUGUUAGACGCUACUUUUUCAGCAGUUUAUAAUAGCUUUAGGGCUGUACUUGACGUCGCAAAUCAUUUCACUAGAUUGCGUGCACAUUUAACUCGGGUUUUAUCAGCAUUUGCACUAGUGAGGACUUUGAGGUACUUGUACAGGAGGUUGCAAAGAAUUCUGGGAAGGAGAACAGACUCAGAAGCAGAUGAUCUUUGGGCAGAAAGUGCUAACGAUGCUCUAGCGACAACCAGAGGAGCCGAGGAGCAGUCUGUCAAGUCGUGGCCAAUUUUCUUGUUUUUUGCUGUUGUUUUGGGCGGCCCAUAUCUUAUUUGGAAACUGCUGAGCUCUGCAACAGACACAGAGACAACAGACACAAACUGGGCAAGUGGGGAGGAUGAUCAUGUUGUGGCCAAAGCAGAGUUUGACUUCACUGCAGCGUCAGAGGAGGAGAUCUCAGUGAGAGCGGGAGACCUGCUCAACCUGGCUCCAAAAGAGCUGCAGCCCCGAGUGCGUGGCUGGUUGUUGGCAAGUUUGGAUGGUCAGACCACGGGACUUGUUCCUGCAAACUAUGUCAAAGUUCUGGGCAAACGCAAAGGCCGUAGACAGGCCGAAAUGGAAGCUCUACAAAUGAAUGCCCCAAUGCAACCUGCUACCACUGCUACCACCGCUACCACUGUUCAGCCUAAUAUUGAACCAUCCACAGCCCUACACCCAGGUCUACCCAUAACCCAAGUCCAAGACGGUGCCUCAAACCUGGGGCAGACAGAAGAGCAGCUGGAGGAGGUGUACGGAGCGCCCAACUCAAAUCUACCCAUUGUAGUAAAUGUAGAGGACAAGAACGAGUUAUAAUAAUGUCUAUGUAUAAAAUCAUGUGUAACAUUAUGUAGGGUAAAGUUAAAGGUCCACUAUGCAACUUUUCUGGGGGAGGAUCUGCUACCUGCUUAUUUCCAUGGAGAUUUGAUUUUCCCUGGAAUGUUUAACUGUAUGGCAUUACAUUUAUCCAUAUUGCAAUUAAUCAUUUCCUGGUGUUUAUACUGCUAAAAACAUAUGAGCGUUUUGCUUUGAGCAGGGGUCGUGGCAGCACAGAUGUAACUUGCAACUUGACCUGGCAGUGUUCCCUGCUUGUCUCCAUGGAGAUAUACAAUAUAUUUCAGGCAAAGCAAUAACAUCCCCAUGGAAACAAGUGGCUUGCAGACCAUCCACCAGAAAAGUUACAUAGUGCACCUUUAAGAAUGUUGAUCUUAUGGCACAAAUUUGUUGGUUAGAUAUUCAUGGGUUUCAGUUUCCUGUUAUAAGGGACAUUUGAGAACCACCAUUCAAAAUAAUAUUUUGCUUAAAAUUGUUAAUUGCUAUGGCAGUUGUCCUCAUGAUUCAUAAUUCUGAAACCCAUGAAUACUGUUUGCAAUCAUCAUCUGAUUCAUGAAUUUAUUAGAUUAUUGAAAUGUCAGGGUUGAGCGAUUUGGGAAAUAAAAAUAAUAAUUCUGACAAACAUUGUUAUUGAAUUUGCGAUAGGAUUCUUUUCAAAGUUCAUAUUUUAAACACCUCAAGAAGGAUGGACAAAAAGACUGAAAUAUUAACUGACAAACUAAUACUAAACUCACAUUUCAGAACAUAUUUCUACAAAUAUAAUCUAAAGGGUUAGCAGUUGGAAUAAAACAAAUAGUAGAGGGAAUUAUGGUACUUCAAGUAUUGUUGCCCUUGCAAUUUGUCAAAAACCUGGUCAUUUAAAUGUAUCCAGCAGUUCAGCGGUUUGUACUGGUGAGAUGGUCUUGUAAGUCUUGAGUUGCUGUAAGAUGUUGAUAUAGAUGAUCUUAUAUCCAUUCGCUUUGAAAAGGAAUACUUUUAUAAAUUCCGUCCUUUUUAAAAGCAAUUUUGAUUAAAUAGAAAUCCUGUUGACCUAUUUUAUGCAAUGGUUUUGGCUCCAUUUUGGUCAAUUUAAAUUCAAAUUUGCUGAUAAAACAAACAGCAAAGCUAUUGAACACAUGUUACACAGGGAUUGUGUAGUUUUCAACAUGUUAAAUUUAUCCAUGUUUAAGCAAAUUUGUAAAUAGUAAUAAUAUAUUUUGAGAAUAAAUAUCUUUCUGAAUUGAAAA